AUGUCUACAGAGAAAUUUGUCAUACUGAAAGGCUACCUCCCCUCAGACCCAUCAAAAACAAGAAAGGGCGAAGUUGUGGAGACUAUUAAAAAUCUGGCCAGAGAAGGUUGGCUAGAAAGAUAUCUCGUUGAAAGGUCGAAUCAUCAUGGUAAGAGAAAGCGAGACGACGAGGACCGGAGGGAUCCACCACCACAGACCUCAGAAAGACAUAUACAUAUGAUCUCAGGGGGAUUCAGUGGAGGCGGCAUCACAAAGUCAUCUCGCAAGAGGCACUUGAAGGAAGUCUACCAAGUCGGGGGCAAAGCUCCCAACCUCCCUACCAUCUCAUUCACUAAAGAAGAUGGGCAAGGUAUCAUUCCUGGACAUGAUGAUCCAGUUGUGAUAACCAUGAUCCUUGCCAAUUCCCAUCUUCACAGAACCUUGGUGGAUCAAGGAAGCUCAGCCGACAUCCUGUUCAAACCAGCAUUUGAUAAGCUGGGAUUGGUUGAAAAGGAGUUAAGAGCUUAUCCCGAUACCCUGUAUGGACUGGAGGGCACACCAAUAAAGCCACUAGGAUUUAUACCCCUGCACACAACUUUUGGAAAGGGGGCAAAAUCCAAAAUUCUGAGCAUCGACUUCAUAGUCGUCGAUGUGGGUUCAGCCUAUAAUGCUCUAAUAGGCAGGACCACCCUAAAUCGGCUCGGAGCAGUGGUGUCCACCCCUCCACCUUUGCAUGAAAUUCCCAACGCCAGAGGGAAUAGCAACCAUCAAGGGAGAUUAGAAACUAGCGAGGAAAUGCUACAAUGA